AUGGACUCAAGCCUGCUUAUUUCUUCCAUAACUGCUACAGGCCUUUAUAUAUCGAAUACGACUAAUGAUGAUGAAGAAGAAAUAAAUUCCAGCAUAUCUAACUCUGUUGAUGCACUAGAUAAAUGGAUGAACAUUUCUAUGAAAGGUACAAGCUUGUCGGAUUCCAGUAAAUUCAUUGAGAGUGUCAAUAUUUUGCUCGGGAGGUAUUAA